AUGGCGGUGCUCGGCUUCUGGGAGGAGGUCGGCCACCGCGGCCUCUUGGACCGAGAACUUUGCAGGAAGCUGGUGCACAUAAGCGCCGGGCUGGGGGAGCUCGCGGCUUUCCUGGAACGUGACGAGACGGAAGAAAGCAGCCGCAAGAACAACCGCAAUAGAAGCUGCCGCCGAUGUUGCCAUAGCGCCGCAGCCGCCGCCGUCGCCGUCAACACCACCGCCGCCGCCGCCGCCAUCGCCGUCGGCUUCCUCUUCUUCUCCGGCAAGCUGCUCUCGCCGGAGAGGAAGGGGCUUGGGCUAGAAGGGGCUUUGAUGAAUGGAAGGGGAUUUGAGGGGAUUGGUGGAGGGCAGGGAAUCACCAAAUCCCCAAAAAUCCCCAGCCCCUUACGGGCUUGAAAACCACCUGUGCCAAACAAAGCCUUAUGGGGCCUUUGUUCAGGUAAACCAGACCACCAACGAAGUUCUUCAUUUGGCAUAAAGUGUGUGUACUACCUUUCUAACAAUUCUUACCCAAUCCCCAUCGCAGUGGAGAUGUCUAUGCUCCAUUUCUUGCUUCAGUUGUCAUUGUACUCAACAUCAUAAAGGUGACCUUGGUUGGCCUUGGUGUAGUUAAAAGAUGAUGACGUGGUUAACUCAA